GUGUUAUGUGUUUCUCCAGAAAACCAAAUCACUCAAUUUUGGUGUGAAGUUGUAGGGUUAUAGCUCAUAUUCAUGGCUAUAGUUUUUGGUCAGCUCCAGGGUUUCAAUUCUUUUCACAGAGCAAUUUUGUAUAUACUAUAAUAUUGUAUCACCUUGGGAAAAGAAAAUCAUAAAUUAAGUCUACGUUAUAUAAUAUGGCGUGUGUGUAUUACAGGCUUAGAAAGAGUAAUAACUUCCAUAGAAAAAACACGUUUUAGCAAGAUAAUUUGAAUCUUUUAUUUCAAAGAACAAUUACAUACCUAAAAGAUUUCAAGCAUUGCCGUUGCCUCAUCCGAAAACAAUGUCUGUAUAUUUCAUUCUUUUUUUUAAAGUUACCAUUUUUAUACACUACAUUUUAUUUUCAUUUUUUCAACAGUGAAAACUACUCAAAUAUUUCUCCCCCGCCCAAACCCCAGUAUAUUAUUAUUAUUAUAUACAUAUUAUAUUAUAUGUUACUUUUUUAACUUCCAAUUUGUAGACCUGCGUCAGGAAAGCGUGUUUGGAAAUCACGCCCCCCUGCGGAUUCAAAUAGCAUUGUUAUAAAUAACAGCUGGUUGAUGCUCGGCUGUGUUUUCAUAAUGGGGAGCUCUCCCUGUAUUGUUAAACCAUAUAACUAACAAUAAGAUAGGAUAUAUUUUCCAUAGUUUCUCCUUGGAUGAGGAACAAUUGCUUUUCCCACAUGUCUGGCAUAUUCCUCUGUUUUUUCCCGUUGGUUUUGCCUUCUCAAACUUAGGUAAUAAGAAUUAAGCUGGUCCUUGUCUGCCGGUGGACGUGGAGUCACUGGAAAGUUUUCACCAUUUGUGUGAGCUGAGGGACUGAGCUGGUCCAGCCCUGCCCUCCGAUGGGGGAGGCCUCUGUUGCCUCUCCCCGCCCAUGUGUGGAGUGAGGCAGAGGCAGAGGACGGAGUUUCAGUGUAGGCAGAAAAUACUUUUUUCGUUCUCGUUUCUUUUUUUUUUUUUUUGAAAGACGGUCGAAAUGAUCACAUCAAAACUUCCCAUCGCUCUAUUUCUAAAAAGGAAAUGUUUAUCAUCAAGCCUAGCCGCCUCGUUUUAACCUUAAAAUGGAUACGUUACGCUGAAAGAAUAAGUUGAAAACUUUCCCACUCUCCGAUCCUCGGAGCGCAGCACAAUGGACUCCAAACAGCGGAAGCGCUCCGGAGGAGGGAGGCUGUGGAGGCUUUGCUUCUAUCUAGCUUGCCUCCCUUGUGCCUCGGCCCAGCUCAGCUAUUCCGUAUCGGAGGAACUCAGCCCGGGCUCUGUCGUUGGGAACAUUGCUAAAGAUUUGAGUCUUACAUCUCAGGGGAUUGUUCAGAGGAGAUUGCGGAUGGUGUCGGAAUCCACAACGCAGUAUUUUGAGGUAAAGCAGGCGACCGGCGAUUUGGUCAUCAAGCAAAAAAUUGACCGGGAGCAACUGUGCGAACAAAGUUCAGCAUGUUCACUACACUUUCAGAUACUUCUGGAGGACCCUUUAGACAUUCAUCGCGUCGUGGUGACCAUUCUGGAUGUGAAUGACAACGCGCCGCAGUUUUCAACCAGCAACAUUUCUCUGGAGAUAUCAGAGGCGGCCGCUCCGGGCACAAAGUUCCGUUUGGAGAGCGCACACGAUCCAGACGUGGGUACCAACUCGUUACGCACUUACCACCUGGCGGAAAAUGACUUUUUCAUUUUGAAAGUGGAAACUAAAAGUGACGGCAGUAAAUUUCCAGAGCUGCUGGUGGAUAAACCUUUGGACAGGGAGACGCAGGCCUCGUUUCGCCUUUUGCUCACUGCUGUAGAUGGGGGUCAGCCGGUGAAAUCUGGCUCAACGCUCAUGCUCAUUAAAAUUCUGGAUGUCAAUGACAAUGCGCCCGUCUUUGACGAGCCAGUCAAGAAAGUUAGUCUUUUAGAAAAUGUUGCAAGGGGCACUUUAGUUACGAAAUUGAACGCGACUGACGCGGAUUCGGGUAACAACGGAGAAAUAUCUUUCCUUUUCAGUAAGUACACAUCGGAACGCAUUGUAAACAUUUUCAGUGUGGAUUCUAAAAGCGGGGAGAUCCGCGUGAAGGGUGACGUGGAUUACGAGAAAUCCACCGCAUACCACAUCACAGUGCAGGCCAGAGAUGGUGGAUUUCCCGCCAUGGAGGGAUCGUGUAACGUCAUAAUUGACAUCAUCGAUGCGAAUGACAACGCCCCUGAGGUGACACUGACACAACUGGACAGUCCUAUUAGAGAGGACUCGGCCCCAGAGACUGUGAUUGCGCUCAUAAGUGCACGUGACCUAGACUCUGGUUUAAAUGGAGAGGUUACAUUAACUGUCCAACCAGGUUUACCAUUUAAACUCAAUUCAGCUUUUGCGAUGCAUUACAGCCUCACCACCGCUGGAAUCCUGGACCGUGAGACUGUCCCAGAGUACACAUUGGUCAUCAAGGCCACUGAUGCCGGUUCCCCUCCCCUCUCAACACAAACCACCUUUGUGGUGAAGCUCUCUGAUGUAAAUGACAAUGCUCCCACUUUCUCUCAGCAUUCGUACUCUGUGGACAUCCCAGAGAACAAUGCGCCAAGUGCCCCUAUUGCUGCUGUUUCUGCCACUGACCCAGACCUUGGUGACAAUUCCCGCAUCUCCUACUCUGUCCUUCCCAGCAUGGUGCAGGGUUCACCCAUCUCUUCGUAUGUCUACAUUAACCCAGAGAGUGGCCAGAUCUAUAGCAUGCGCUCCCUGGAUCAUGAGCAACUUAAAGCUUUCCGUAUUGAGGUGCAGGCCCGGGAUGCUGGGGUUCCCCAAAGGACAGCCAACGUCACUGUGCAUGUAUUUGUGGUGGAUGUGAAUGACAAUUCUCCAGUGAUUGUACAUCCCUCCUACCCCAAAGACAAAGGAUUACAGUUCACUGUGCCCCCAUCAGUGGGCCCGGGGCACCUCGUAAAUAAACUUGUAGGGGUGGAUGCAGACAGUGGGCACAAUGCAUGGUUGUUCUACUCCAUCGCUCCUGGACAAAAUGCUGGGAUGUUCCGCAUCGGGGCACACACUGGUGAGCUCCGCACAGCCCGCAAGUGGGCGGAGGAGGAAACCGGCUCGACUUUUGACAUUGUGGUCAUCAUUCAGGACAAUGGUGAGCCGCCAAAGUCCAGUUCAGUGAACAUUACAGUAACCGUAGAUGAGAAAGAAACAACCAACAAUGCUGCAGUAAGCCCUCGCCACACACCUUUCUACCACCGCACUGGGAUGGCGGACAUCACUUUGUACCUCAUCAUCUCUAUAGCCUGCGUAUCAGCGGUGUGCUUUAUCACUUUUGUUAUCCUCAUGGUACGUUGCCUAAGGCACCGUGACCCAGUCCUCGGAGAUUCGGAUUGCUGCUGCUACGGUCGUCACAGGACCAGCCGCUACCAUCAGAGGCCAAGCAAGGACCUGCACCUGCAGCUCAAUACUGAUGGACCCAUACGGUACAUGGAGGUUGUGGGUGGCUCCCAGGACCCGCACACACGGACAUACAGACCCUGUUACUCCACCCUAUCCAGCCGAAGUGACUUUGUAUUUAUGAAGACCCCCAUGCUGAGUCAAAACAACACGCUGAACAUGACACUCAGCAGGAAGCACCUUAUGAACUCAGCCAGUGAGCAAAAGCCCCCCAACAAUGACUGGCGCUUCACCCAAGGACCGAGACCUGGACCCAGUGGUCCCCACAUGCCAUACGGUACACACAUACGAUGGACGCCGAAGAGUGGGACAAGGGCCACUGGAGGACCUGAGGUUGCCAUGGGAACUGGUCCCUGGCCCCAGCCCCCAACUGAGGCUGAGCAGCUUCAGGCCCUGAUGGCUGCAGCUAACGCAGUUGGUGAGGCUACGGCCACACUGGGGCCCGGCACCAUGGGCCUUAGCACCCGCUACAGCCCCCAGUUCACCCUGCAGCACGUGCCCGACUAUCGCCAGAACGUCUACAUCCCCGGUAGCACGGCCACCCUGACCUCCAACCCCCAACAGCAGCAGGCGACGGCCCAGCAGGCGGCCCAGCAGGCGCUGCCCCCGCCCCAGCAGCAGCAGCAGGUUCAGUCCGAGCCGCCCAAGGCCGCCCAGACCCCUGCCUCCAAGAAGAAGUCCACCAAGAAAGAGAAGAAGUAGAGUUGGACGGAGAGAGGUGGAGGAAUUUUGAACCUGGCUUGAUCUGAUGAUAAAUCUAACCCCCUCAUACUCCCCGCCCCCAUAAGGUAUCUUGCCGCUCUGCUGUCACUCAUUAGCCACGGUCUAAAUAGUGAUUGCUUUUGACCACAUGGACGUUGGAUAGAUGUCGAUGGUUCUUUGAAAGUGUCUUGAAUGUUCUGAAGGCUUUUUGUUGGUGUUGAUAACAUGUGCUGUGCUAAAGGUUUAAGUAUUGCUCACAUACUCUCUCUUGGUAGAUCAUUUCGGCGGGGUAUGGGGGGGUUAUUGUGAUUUUCUUUUUUUCUUUUCGUAAAAUCAGAUGAACUUGGAUAAAGAGAUUCAUUGUAAGGAACCUUGCUGGGAUGACACGGCUGUACUCAGUGAUGUAUUCAGAGAUGAAAUGUUAACGUCUUUCACGUUGGAUUUAUUGUGCUCUUUCCCUGACAUGGAACGUCAGCUAUUGUAAAGUACGCUAUUUGCCAUCAAUUAGAUUACUAUAUAAGGUCGGCCUUGCAGGGUCUUAAACCAUGAGUCCUGCGGAUAUAAGGCUGUUGUUUGACAGGUAUUACAAACUCUUCUGCAUGCUCUUAAAGGUUCAAACCACAUGUUCUAGUUUAUAGUUGCAAACCAUGCAUUGCAAAAGCAAAGAGGAGGACAUCCUGAAUCCAUUAUCUCCCCUCCAAUCGCAGGUCAGUGUGAUGCACAUGUAGCAUUUACUUGACACAGAAUAAAAAUAACUUUUGUAAGCAUAGUUAAAAAAAAAAUAAUCCUAAUCUCCUGAUAUUUGUAUGACCUGAGCAUGCAUCCAGAGGAAAGGGGCUGGCAGAGGGUGGGGUGGCGUGGGGCACGGUAUUGUGUCAUCAACUCACUGUACAUGCUGUCCAUAAAGGUGGUGUAGCAGCAGAGACUCCAGAUGGGCACAAACAUGUCCUGCUCCCCUGCACCUUCUACCCUCCCCUCCUCACACCCAGCCUGUGUUCUCCCCUCUCUCACCGCCCCACGUCGAGGGCCAAACAGAGAAAAAUGCACUGUUUGUAUUUUGAAGAUCACACGACGAAGGGGUAAUAAUCACUUCGGUCUUUUAGGGAAAUGCAUAUAGGGGUGGUAAAUUUGAGGGCUUUGACUGAGUAUUACCCCUCACUAUCCUGAAGGGUGGAAGAACUUCUCGAUGUGACACAGUAACAUGUUUUUUUUUUCUUUGGGAGAUAAUGAUUCAAUGGCAUAGAAGAAGUGUUUGUACAAGACAUGAAGUCUUUACUUUGCCGUCCAUCUGUCUGAGGACUCUGUCCAGAUACUAUUGCAUGAGAAGAAGCGUCUCGCAGGCUGGGUCAGGGGGGACUGGAUGGGGUGCGGUGAGGGGUUCACAGACUGAGGUGGCACCAUAACAUCAAACAGAAGGGUGAUGAACAACGUUAGCUCUACCCACUGAAUGUACAGGGGAACCACUGUUGAUCUGCCCACCCCUUAAACCUUCUCCAAUGCACUGACCCAGGUAGAGGUCAACAGAGCCGAGCAAAGCUGUCCCUGUCGGGAAGGCGAUACCACUCGAGAGCUCUUUGAAAUUUCCCCUCCCCUAUUGACAUGAUAAAAAAACCUUAGCUUCUCUGCCACUCGCCUCUCUGCUCCGCUCCCUGGCCUUUAGAGGCUCUUCCUCACUGUAAAUAAAACACAACUCCUGUCGUAUGAGCCAGUUGUUUGUAUAGUAGGGACCACGUCCAACGGUUUAAAAAUACAACUCCCUCCCACAGGCGUGGCUUACUACUGGAAUGUGUUGCAUUUUGUUUUUCAAGAAAAAUAAGAAAACCACAGUUAAAAAAAAAAAAAAAAAAGAAUCAAUAAUGAAUAAAAAUCUGAGAUGUUCUUCAACAGUUUGUGUUGCAAUGUAGUAACUAAGCACCAUGGAAGCCAACUAACUCUCCCGUGUAAAUAAAUGACUUAAAGACAACUUUAGAUAAGUAAACAAAGUGACACACGUAGACUAGUUAACUUGUGAUAUGUGUUGCGCAUAUUUUUGUGUUCAGUUUCUCUCUACUAUCUUUUGUCACCCUUUAAAGAAACAAAACAAAACAAAAAAAAAUAUGGAAAUGUUUCUAUCCUUCUGUAACCUCUUAAUGUUCUUUUGCGGUGAUUUUAUCUUGUGCAUUUGUGAAAGAAUGCCUCUCAUUCUCUUUCUGUCCAUAUGAGCAAAUGAUUAUAAAUAUUAUAUAUGUGUAAGUCCGUCUGCUGCUGAAUUAAUACUACUCUAUCCUGCUGUAUUAUCUUUCUUAUCAAAUGCUUAGCCCCCCACGCUUUCCCCUCUGUGUUACUCUUAUUUUGAUGCUAAUAUUUAUAUUGCUGUUUUAUUUUCUCUUGAACACUGACAUUUCAAAUAAAAAGAUUCUGAAAUCAUUUAAAAAUA